AUGGCCAAAGAUGAGUCGUCUCCGGCGCGCAGCCCGGGUUUGGAAGACGCCGAGUCGCUGUCCUCCGCGCCGCCGCAGCCGAAGCGCACGGCGCCGACAGAGACGACGGAAUCGGCUCCGCGCAUGAAGCGUGGCAAGUAUACAUCGCUAGCAUGCAAUGAGUGCAAGAGGCGAAAGCUCAAGUGUCUGCCGAUAGCCGACGGCGACAGCUGUGAGCGGUGCAAUGCCCGCAAGCUCCAGUGCAUCUUUGCCGUCAACUCGCCCAAGGGCGACAAGAAACGAGAUGAUGGAAAUCAGCAGAUACAGCUUCUCGGCGAUGAGCUGGCGCAGGUCCGCCACGAGCUCGCCAACCUCUCCCAGGCCGUGCUUGAGCUGCGGCAGCACCGCUCGCCGGCGCAUGCCGCCGCUGUCCAGGGCCGCGCCUCGAGCCACACCGACCCGUCCUCGACGCAGUCCCCUUCAGGCGCCGCCCUCAGCAAAGAUGCGGUGCCCAAGCACCCGCAAUUCGUAGGGCCGACGCGCCCCGCCUACGGCCUCAUGAUUGCCGAGCGCUCGCUCACGCGCAUGGGCAUACCCGACUCGCCAUCGUCCCCAUCGGGCGGCAGCGGGCCUGCCUCGCCAGACGCCCCGGCGCCGCAUGCCGUCGCCGACCCGGCCGCCGCCGCGGUGGCCGUGGACGUCGAGUUCUGGGCGCAGUGCUCGCCAGCCGAGGCGGCGCGGCUCAUGGGCGUGUUCGAGGAAGAGGCCGAGUCGGUGUAUCCGUACAUUGACAUCCUCGAGCUAGCCGCCCGGUCGGAGCAGAUCCUACGCAUCGUCCGCCAGCCGGAGCUGCUCGAGGAGGAGGCGCUGGCAGGCUCGAGCACAGGUCGGGCGCUCACCACGACAGACAUUGACCUUGCCAAGAUUGCGGUGGCGAUUGGCGUUGCCAUUGAGGCGCGCGGAAAGAACGACCUGUGUGCUGCUAUUGCGGCGUCCGUGGAGCAGCACACGGCGCGAAUAUCGCAGACUGAAGUGUCCCUUCGAGGCAUCCAGCUUUUAAUUUCAUUAAGCAUCUACUACUUCCACAGCGAUGACGAGCUGCUCGCCUGGCGAACCAUUGGCGUCGCUGCUCGCGAGGCUCUAGAAAUGGGCCUGCACCGCAAAAGGAGCCUCUACGACAACUUUGCAGACCCGGCCGCCCGGCAAAGGGCGCUCCGGGUAUUCUGCUGUUGCUACAUCCUCGAUCGUAGAUGGAGCUUCGGCACAGGUCUCUCCUUUGCUCUUGUCGACGGCGACAUCGAUUCCACCCUACUCGAAUCUGAGCUCGACUCUCCCUACCUGAAGUGCAUGGUCGGCUACGCCCGGCUCUGCUCCAAGCUGUGGGAGGCCAUCCCUCCCUUUGGCGCGCCCAGCCAGUCGAUCCCGCACGAGCUCGCGUACGCGCUCGACGCCUCGGCGCUGGAGUGGCUCGACUCCAUCCCGCCGCACCUGCAGAUGCGACACUACCCGCGCGGCGCCGGCAGCCAGGGCAACGCCGGGACGUACACGUCCUCGGUGCGGCCGCCGCCGCAGCAGCAGCCGCGCGUGCUGCACCGCCUGCGCGCGCUGCUCUACCUCCGCGGCAACCUCACGCGCAUCUCCAUCUACCAGCACCACCUCGUCAGCCCGGCGGCCGUGGCCGCCGACCCGCAGCGCGCGCGCGUCGCCGUCGACCUCGCCCGCGACACGGUCCAGGUCCUCGUCCACCUCAACGCCACCUCAGACAUUUACUCGCGCCAGCAAAACGCCUUCAACUACUUCUUGGCGAGCGCCUUUGCCGUCAUCUCGCUCGCGCUGUGCCACGCUCCGCACAUGUUUGCCGCGCAGUGCACGCAGAGCUUCAUGGACGCGGCGGGGCUGGUCAAGGGCUUCAGCCGCCACAGCAUGGCGAGCAAGAGGCUGUGGAAGAGCAUACGUGGGCUGUCGCCGCGGCUGAAGAGCUUGGGCGUCGGCGGCGGAGCGAGCACGAAAGAGCAGCAGCAGCAGCAGCAGACUGGUGGUGGUGGUGUGAAUGCGGCCGGCAGGGCAGCGGCAGCCAGUUCGGAACAGGGAGCGGCUCGGUGGAGAGGCUACGGCCAGUUCUAUCCCGGCGAUGGACGGCAGCAAGCGGGGGGCAGCAGUCAGCAGGCACCGGCGGCGGAUAGCUUGUGGAACUAUAGCCUGAAGCAGCCGUCUGCGGGCGCUGGAGGAGCGGGCGGUUCUGGUAGCAGCAACAACAACACCGAGCCGCUGCCGGGCAUGAACCCGGACAUUCUCAGCCUGUUUGACUCGCUGGGAGACGAGGCCAUGUUUAGCAGCGGCAGCUUCGACACAAGUAUAUACGGUGGGAUGGAGCCCGACGCAGAUGGCGGGGACAUUUCACGGCUUUUUCUUCAAGGACUUAUGUAG